GCUUCUCUACGACGAUGAGUCAUUACAACAACAACAAUUUCAUCCAAAAGGAUGGGUUUGUGUGUCUGAUGAUUUUGACAUUUUGAGAAUAUCAAAGAGCAUUUUUGAGUCGAUCACUUCUAAAUCAUGUGAUCUAAAGGAGCUUAAUCAAGUUCAACAGAAAUUGCAUGAACAAUUAAAAGGAAAGAAGUUUUUUUAUUGUUUUAGAUGAUGUCUGGAACAAGAAUUAUGAUGAGUGGAACACCCUAUGUUCACCAUUUAUGUAUGGAGCACCAGGAAGCAGAGUGAUCGUGACAACACGCAAUGAAGCCAUAGCACGGAUGAUGAAAACAAUUCAAUCUCACAAUUUGAAUUGUAUUUCAAACGAAGAUUGCUGGUCAUUGUUUCUUGACCAUGCUUUUGCUAGCAGAAGUGUUGCAGAUGCAGAUACAAAAUUGGAAGUCAUCCGUGAAAAGGUCAUAAACAACUGUCAUGGCUUGCCUUUGGCGGCAAGGACUUUGGGUGGUCUUCUACGUUCAAAGCAAAGAAAGGAUUGGGAAAAAGUAAUGAACGGCAAAAUCUGGAAUUUACAAGGUGACACAAACAACAUUAUUUCUGUGUUAAGCUUAAGUUACUAUCAUCUCCCUUCGCAUUUAAAGAGAUGUUUCGCUUAUUGUGCAAUACUUCCUAAGGAUUAUGUAUUUCAAAAGAAGCAACUGGUCCUUCUAUGGAUGGCAGAAGGUUUAAUUGAGCAAGGAGAUGACUUGGAGGAUAUGGGUGAAGAGUAUUUUGAAGAUCUAUUUUCCAGAUCACUUUUUCUAUCUUCAAGCAAUGAUGGAUUCGUGAUGCAUGACCUUGUGAACGAUCUAGCACAAGUGGUUGCUGGAGAUACAUGUUUCAGAUUGGAGGAUAAAUUGACUGCAAGAAAGCACGAAAAAGCUCGUCACUCUUCUUACAUUAGUGGCUUUUUUGAUCGCUCUGAAAAGUUUGAGUUGUUUGAAAAGAUCAAGUAUAUGCGGACCUUCUUGCCUCUAUCACUACAAAGUUCAAAAUUCUACUUAGCUAAAUGCGUUCCUUCUUAUUUGUCAUCAAAGUUACCAUACUUAAGGGUGUUGUCCUUCAAACAUUAUAAUAUCACUGAUCUACCAGAUUCAAUAGGUGACUUGAAGCAUCUAAGGUUUCUGGACCUUUCAUUCACUGAGAUUAUAACUUUACCUGAGACUACAACCUCUCUAUGUAACUUACAGACUAUUCUGCUAAAAGGUUGUCGGGAUCUCAAGAAAUUGCCUUCAGAAAUGCAAAAUCUGAUCAACCUGCGUCAUCUUGAUAUGCAAAAUACAUAUCGAGUUGAAGGGAUGCCACAGGGAAUCGAAGAACUGAAAAGUCUUCGGACAUUGUCUGAUUUUGUUGUGGGGAAAGGUAAUGAAGUGGGUACAACAGCAUUGAUGAAUUUGAAAUUCCUUCAAAGGGCACUCCGUAUUUCAAGGUUGCAGAAUGUGGCUAAUGCUUCAAAUGUAAGAGGAGCAAUUCUAUUGCACAAGGAGAAAAUAGACGAUCUGGUGAUGGAACAAGGUGACAGAGGUGAACUUGAGAAGAUGAAACCUCAUGGAAAUCUUAAAAAUCUCACCAUAAAGAAUUAUGAUGGUAUUCAAUUUCCAUCGUGGGUAGGGGAUCCUUUAUUUAGUAAUCUGGUGCGCCUAGAGUUGGCAUAUUGCAGCAAAUGCACAACCUUGCCGCAACUUGGGCUGCUUUCCUCUCUCAAGGACUUGGCUAUCAUAAGGUUUUCCAAUGUAAAAGCGGUUGAUCGAGAGUUCUACGGGGAGAGUACAAGCAAUUCAAAGCCAUUUCCAGCUCUCGAGAGACUGCAAUUCAGGUGCAUGCAUGAAUGGGUAAAUUGGAAUAUUUGCGGGCAUAAAUUCCCUCAUCUGCGCGAGCUUUUCAUUGUUAAGUGUCCCAAACUGUUGGGAAACUUACCCAGCCAUCUGCCUUCAUUGCAAAAGCUUGAGAUUGAAGAAUGUUUGGAAUUGGUGGUUUCAUUUCAAAGUCUUCCGGUGAUAUCUCACUUGGACAUCAAAAAAUGCAGAAAGGUUGAAUUGGGUGGUGGCUUCAGCUCGGCAACAGAAUCAUUAUUAUUUUCACCCGAAGAGUUGACUGUCGGUUGUUCCUCUGGACUCUCUAGCUUUUCUAAAGUUGGAAAGAAUUGGGAGUUCUCUGAGGAUAACGCCGAAAAGUUCUUACAGAAGGGUAUCGCUGAUAAUGAAUUUAAAAUUGUGAAAUUUUAUCAUUGUGUAAGACUUGAGAAACUACUACCAUGGCUUCACAGCUUUAAGUCUCUGAGAAAGCUAUUUAUUUAUCACUGCUCAAGACUUGUGUGUUUGCCAGAUGCAGUGAUUUACAGCAGUUCGUGUCUUGAGGAGUUGACAAUUCAGAAUUGUGAUUCUCUGAUUUCCAUCGGAAGACACCAGCUACCUCCAACUCUAAAAAGGCUGGAGAUAAUUUACUGCUUCAAAUUGCAGAAGCUGCUGAAUGUAGGAGGGGCUUGUUCCUCUUCUAGGGUUACGGAUGAGGAGAGUAUCAGCUGUGAUUCUACCUCAUUUAAUCUUCAGUAUUUGAAAAUUGAUAACUGUGAGUCUCUUACAUUCUUAGGGGAGUUACCUGCUUCCCUUAAAGAUCUGGUUAUCGACUCUAGCUCAUAUGGUAACCGAGUAAGUGCAAAGUUAGAGUCAAUAGCUGAAUGGUUCGACAACAACACAUCUCUUGAAUCUAUUGAAAUCGGAUAUCUUCCUUAUCUUAAAUCCUUGCCCAAGAACCUGCAAAUGCUCACCAAUCUCCACCAUGUUCGGAUACAUCACUGUCCAAGUUUUGUUUCUUUUCCGCGUGGAGGGUUGCCUAUCGUUCAUUUGAGAAACCUUAUGGUUACAGACUGUAAGAAAUUCGAGGCCCUUCCUAAUAACAUGCAGAAUCUCACAUCUCUUGAAUAUUUGACUAUAAGGAAAUGUCCAAGUGUUGUUUCUUUCCCUCAGGGAGGGUUACCCACCACCCAUUUCAAAGCACUUACAGUUGAAUAUUGUGAGAAACUCCAGACCCUUCCUGAUAACAUUCACAAUCUCACAUCUCUUCAAGAAUUGACUAUAAAGAAUUGUUCGAGUGUUGUUUCUUUCCCUCACGGAGGGUUGCCCACCAGCCAUUUGAAAAAGCUUACAGUUGAAGACUGUGAGAAACUGGAGGCCCUUCCUAAUAACAUUCACAAUCUCACAUCUCUUCUGGAAUUGACUUUAAAGAAUUGCCCAGGUAUUUUGACAAUUGCUGGAAUAAUAGAUUCAUUUGUCUGUCAAGAAAAAAGUAGAAAUCAGCAGGCACAGAGAUAUUUUCAGUCGACUUUUGUCACGAUCCAAAAUUUUGUGUCGUGA